UGUUUCAACUUUCUUAUGACUACUCAUUAAUACAACUUCCGUUUUCUGAGCAGCUAGUUGUAAGCCAGCAGUCUCGAGCCAUUUUUAAUUUGCAAAUAAAAAUACUAUACAUAUAUUGCAUUUGUAAUGAUUGCACUGGAAUAAAAAUUAUAAUAAUAAUUAUAGCACAUGAACGACUACAAAGGAUUUUAAAAUUUCAUUACUCAGUUUACACAUCUAAACAUAAGUUGGCAGUAUGACGAGCCAAGCGAAUGAAGCGAACCAUCAAAACAGUGAAAUAAAAAUCGAUCAACCGCAGGAAUUGUGGUUUGGAAAAUGUCCAGAAAGUGGUGAAGAACAACAAAAACGUUUGGAAAUCGAACGUUUAUUGAUAGAGCACAAUGAAAAUAUUCCACUUUUAAAGCUGCAGGAGAUUGCACGUUCCGACCAUGGAUUAGUAAAUGAUGAGUUGCGACGAUUGCUUUGGCCACAAUUGGCCGGUGUUGAUACAUCCUCUUUAGAACCUGCGCCCAGUCUACAAGAUUUACAAACACAUCCACAAUACCAACAAGUGGUGCUUGAUGUCAAUAGGUCGCUUAAGCGUUUUCCGCCCGGCAUUCCAUAUGAGCAACGUAUUGCAUUACAAGACCAAUUGACUGUUUUAAUAUUGCGUGUCAUAAAGAAAUACUCGAAUUUAUGAUAUUAUCAAGGAUAUCACGAUGUAGCUGUUACAUUUUUGUUAGUCGUUGGUGAAGAGGUAGCAUUUGCGGUUAUGGAGGAAUUAUCGACCAACCAUUUUUCGGAAUGUAUGCAAGAAACAAUGAAUGUCACUCAAAAACGUUUGAUGUUUAUAUGGCCGCUGGUAGAUUUAGAAAAUUCUCCUCCGUUGUUUAAAUUUCUACAACAAUCUGCAGUUGGAACACUUUUUGCAUUGCCUUGGUAUUUGACGUGGUUUGGAUACAGUUUAAAUUCAUAUAAAGAUGUAGUGCGUCUAUAUGACUAUUUUUUGGCCUCACCAAUUUAUAUGCCAAUAUUUGUGACUGCUGCUAUUAUAUUGUAUCGAGCUGAAGAUGUACUAAAGGUUGACUGUGACAUGGCCUCAGUACACUGUCUUUUAUCUAGGCUUCCCGAUGAUCUGCCCGUUGAAGAACUUUUAAAUACUGCUAGUUUAUUAUAUGAUAAAUAUUCACUGACAGUAAUUGAAAAAUAUGUCGAGGAACUGGUGCGAAAAGAAAAACUACAAAGACAAUUGGAAGAGAAGCGAAUUCAAGAGCGAAGGAAACAACUUGCUCGUAAUGCCCGUGCUGGUAACAAUAACUUGGCACGCUGGCUUCCACAAAUGCUCACACCGAAAUCAAUGAUCGUGACAACAGUUUUCUCCAUUUUGGUUGGCUUGGAAUAUCCACUUGGCGCCACGUAGCGAAAAGAAGAAACGACUGGCGCACUGUUGUUAACUCGGUUAUAAUCGCGUAAACGGU